AUGGUUUGACGACAUGACGCCGACGUUUUCAUCUUUUCAAUUCAAACUGCCUCCGUCUCUCUCUUUGAUCCAUCCAUCCAUCCAUCCAUACAUACAACUUGCUCGAUUCUUCCUUCCCCUCCCCUUCCCUCUCCGCCAUUGCUGGUUGCCUUGCCUUGCCACUCCCAGAUUUCAAAUUCAAUCGAUUUUGCAGACGGGACGGGGCUGGAAUCUGUGGCACUCUCUCUGUAUAUGCUAUCCUAUGCUAAGCUUAAUUUACGCCAGCGUUAACAGUUAGUUCAUCCCCAUCUAAGAUGAACUGACCUCGUUCGUUCUUCUUGGGGGUUUCGGAUCUGCAAUCGGGAAUUCUUCGGUGCUCAUAAAACCCACAUUAAGAUUGGGGUUUUAUCCCCUUUUUCUGCAAAUGGGUGCGAAUAAGCGACCCAAGCUCGACUCGCUGAUUUCUCUGAGUAGGCUCCGAUCGAUUCAAGUCCUGACGGGCUUGCUCUUUCUGUAUUUGAUUUUUAUCAGUUUUGAGAUUCCCAUGGUUUUGAGAGUAGGGUUAGGGUUAGAAGCUCCCGAGGCGGAAUCGUCACUGCCCCUGAUCUCGCAUCCAAAUUUCAGAGGCCGAACAGACAAUCAGCACUCAACCAUGGAGAAUGAGGGAGUGGUUUUUCGGUCGGCUCAGGAGAGGAGAGUGAGGGAGUAUAAGAUGAUUUCCGAUGUCUUUUUUGACGACAGGGCGCUGCACAGUAUUAGUAAGGAUGACUUCUCCGAGUUGCAUAGGGUAGUUAGAGAUGCAUUUGCUGUAGGGAAGAGAAUGUUGGAGCGUUUGAAAUCAGGAAAAAUGGCGAGCGAGGUGAGGAAUAGGACUGAGAAUGUGACAGAUGAGGCUUGCCCGAAUUCGAUGGUGCUGCGGGGGGACAAGUUUCUGAAGAAAGGGAAGAUGAUGGUGAUACCUUGUGGGUUGUCUUUAGGCUCCCACAUCACUGUCGUCGGGCGGCCCCAUUCGCCUCGUGUGGAUAAAGAGUCGAAGAAGGGUGGAAAAAGUGCAAUGGUGUCUCAGUUUGUGAUGGAGUUGCAGGGCUUGAGGGCCGUAGACGGUGAGGAGCCGCCUAGGAUUUUGCAUUUUAAUCCGAGGUUGAAGGGGGAUUGGAGUGGGCGUCCGGUGGUGGAGCAUAAUACCUGUUAUAGGAUGCAGUGGGGGGCUGCUCAGAGGUGCUCUGGUUGGAAGUCGAGGGCAGAUGAGGAAACUGUUGAUGGACAGGUGAAAUGCGAGAAAUGGAUUCGCGAUGAUGACAACAGGUCCGAAGAAUCAAAGGUCACUUGGUGGUUGAAAAGGUUGAUUGGCAAGACAAAGAAAGUUUCUAUUGAUUGGCCAUAUCCAUUUACUGAGAACAAACUAUUUGUGCUCACACUUGUUGCUGGGUUUGAAGGCUAUCAUAUCAGUGUAGACGGGAGACAUAUUUCAUCCUUCCCAUACCGACCUGGUUUCACUCUUGAGGAUGCUACAGGCCUGUCUGUGACUGGGGAUGUCGACAUUCAUUUUAUAUUUGCCGCUUCAUUGCCCACUUCACAUCCGAGUACAGCUCAACAGAAGCAUCUGGAGCUAUCCCCUAAGUGGAAAGCCCCAAAACUUCCCACAGAACCCGUGGACCUCUUUAUCGGCAUACUUUCUGCUGGCAAUCAUUUUGCUGAGCGAAUGGCUGUCCGAAAAUCCUGGUUGCAGCAUGCAUCAGUGAAGUCUAGAAGAGUUGUUGCUCGCUUUUUUGUAGCUUUGCACACUCGGAAGGAAGUGAAUGUGGAUCUUAUGAAAGAAGCGGAAUAUUUUGGCGAUAUUGUCAUAGUGCCUUACAUGGAUAAUUAUGACCUCGUUGUGCUAAAGACGAUUGCAAUUUGUGAUUAUGGGGUUCGUACAGUAGCAGCUAAGUAUGUUAUGAAAUGUGAUGAUGAUACAUUUGUAAGGAUUGACACGGUGAUGAUGGAGGUUAACAAAAUUGAAAGCGGUAGAAGCUUCUAUAUCGGUAAUAUAAACUAUUAUCACAGGCCGCUUCGCCAUGGUAAAUGGGCAGUUACAUAUGAGGAAUGGCCAGAGGAGAGCUAUCCACCUUAUGCAAACGGGCCAGGAUAUAUCGUAUCAUCUGACGUAGCACAGUACGCCGUAUCUGAAUUUGAGAACCACAAACUUAGAUUGUUCAAAAUGGAAGAUGUAAGCAUGGGAAUGUGGGUGGAGCAGUACAACAGCUCAAGACCUGUUCAGUACGUGCACAGCUUGAAGUUCUGCCAAUUUGGAUGCAUCGAAGGUUAUUACACUGCGCACUACCAAUCUCCCAGGCAGAUGACAUGCUUGUGGGAAAAAUUGCAGCUUCAUGGCAAACCGCAAUGCUGUAACAUGAGAUGAACUCUGGACUUGGAUCGAUCCAAUGCUAUGCACGGUGGGUGGGACAGUUGAGAGGGUGGGGUGGGGUGGUUGUGCUUUAUGGGAGCGGUGUACAUACCAUAUAUAAUUUAGCCUGAUCAACCCGUUUGUUAUUCUUUCAGGUCAAUUCAUUUAAGCAAAAUUUCACAUUCUAAAAAAUUUUCCUACUGAUUUAUUGAAGCAUUUUAACCCUUUUUGCUUU